UCGAUGGAUCAACUCGAUUGAAGUCUUGAUAGGAUUUGAUCGGACAAUAUGGCGCGAGUGUUAAUUGCCCUAUUUCUCUGUCAUGUUUUACUGCUCGUCUCAGCACAAGAGCAAUCAUGUGUACGGAACACCACUUUGGAUUCUGCAGAAGGUUCCUUCGACCAACUGACCUUGGUUCCUCCUGUCAAUGAGCCCCACGAAUGCUUCCGAGAAUGCGUCGCGUCGGAACCGAUGACAUGCCGAUAUACCUUCAACAUCGAAUGGUAUUCAACGAUGUCGAGAGCUUGUUUCGACUGCCCUUGCAAUCAGAGUGACUGCGAACGCGAACGGUGCGUGGCGGCUGAUGGAUUCCGUCGUCCAAUCGUUGUGGCCAAUCGCCAACUUCCUGGUCCAGCAAUUGAGGUAUGCAAGGGAGAUCGUAUCAUCGUCGAAGUCAACAACGAGCUCGACGAUGGCGAAGGUGUAUCGAUCCACUGGCACGGCCUUCUCCAACGGAAAACACCAUACAUGGACGGCGCCACCCUGAUCACCCAAUGUCCCAUUACACCUUUCUCAUCCUUCACCUAUGACUUCACUGCCGAUCGGACUGGCACCCAGUGGUGGCACUCUCAUGCAGGUUUUCAGCGGUCAGAUGGACUCUUCGGUCCCCUCGUUGUCAGGGAACCGGAAGAGGACAACCCACACAGCGCCCUCUACGACUAUGACUUAUCAGAACACACUGUGAUGAUAAGCGACUGGUCGCACGAAACUGCCGUUGACUUGUUCGUACUGGAACACCACGUGGAUGAAAUGGUCAAUCCACCUUCUGUUCUCAUCAAUGGGAAGGCUCAGCUUAUCGGGUACACUGCAGAGAGCGACGGCACCUCCCAUGCCACACCUAGGGAGGUCUUUGAAGUAGAAGAAGGCAAGAGCUAUCGUUUCCGGUUGAUCAGCACGGCAACCAGUGGUGAAGCCUUCACCGUUUCUGUAGACAACCAUACCCUAACAAUCAUUGCCAGCGAUGGGGCAUAUGUACAACCACAAGAGGUCGACGCCCUAGUUAUUUACGGAGGAGAAAGAUAUGACGUCAUACUCAACGCAGCACAAACGAACGGAUGUAACUACUGGAUGAAGUUUCAAGAGUUGGGUCGAGGUAGAGUCGACAACCAGGGAUUGGCAAUCGUACGGUACCGCGGUGCCCCCGAGGAGAACCCCUCAUUGAAUCCCUCUUCUAAUCGAGAGGGAGUGAUAUACCAGAAAUUCAACUCGCCUGCUUCCGAAGACGUCAUUACAGUCAAUGAACUCGUUGCCGUCGAAAAUGCGACACUUCCACAAGAGAAUAAACGUACAUUCUACAUGACUACAGACUUUAAUGAUUUUGCUGAUGAACGUUACUGGGACGACGAAUACAACCCACUGCUCAACGACCGAGCGUUCAAACUGCCAAGUUACUCGCUUCUUUCCGAGUACCGUGACGAGACCGACGGCGGUGAUAUCUGCCUUUUUGAAGAUGAGGAGAUGAAUGAGAGAUGCAAGACAGAGUUCUGUCGCUGUACCCAGGUUCUUCAAGUGGAAAUGAAUGAGACGAUUGAGAUCGUUCUAGUUGACGAAGGUGACCUGUAUUUAGCUGUACAUCCAUUUCAUCUGCACGGUUUCACGUUCAGAGUUCUGGCCCAAGGGUUCGGCGGUGAUCGCCUUGGAGUAGACGAAGUAAUCGCCAUGGACCGUAAUGGAACAAUCAAAAGAAAUUUCAACAACCCACCCGAGAAGGACACCGUCAUCACGACCAACGCUGGUUACACUGUAAUCCAGUUUAUUGCUGAUAAUCCUGGCUGGUGGUUCCUUCAUUGCCACAACGAGUUCCAUCUUCAUACCGGUCUCGCUAUUGUUGUCCGUGCUGGCUACCAAUCUGACCUACCGCCAUUACCCGACAACUUUCCAAGGUGUGGCAACUUCGAACCCCCUGAAAGACCACCACCACCAACCAGACCAACACGACCACCACCUUCACCAUCACCACCACCUGCAAACAUGUACCCUCUGUCUACCGUUAUCGGCCUAUCCGUGGUCGUCGGCAUCCUCGGUCUCCUCGUCAUUGUCCUCAUCAUCGACGCCAUCUGUCGUCGUCAGGAGCCAAGUGCCCCGUCAUCGUCGACCGCGAAUGGAGGGAAAAAGGGCCAAGAUGCACCAUGGAGAGAUACAAUUGAUUAAUCAUAUCAAAAUAAAAAUUUAGUUUGAUACAUCCGCUUUGGUUAUUAAAUGGCACCCGGGAAAUAAACAUCAAAGUUAGAAAUAAUGUCUAAAUGUAAAAGGGGCCAUUCUGAUCCUUAAUCAAACUUCUCUUAGAGUGAGACGAUCUCACACUUUUUGGAGUAAGAUCUGCAUCUUUUGAGAGUGGAUGAUGUUUAUUAUGGUGGCCCUGAAGGGACAUUGCAAAUAGACCAAAUCGCGAAUAUUCACGACCAAAUUGGCGACGAAAUUCACGACGUCGCAAAUUUCGUGAAUAUUCGCGGUUUGGUCUAUUUGCGAUAUCCCAUCAGGGCCACAAUAGCUUAUAACCUCCUUUGGUGAGGAAAUGUCUUAACAGAUGCACAGUUCAUCUUACUGUAUUUGGAGUAAGAUUUGCAUAUUUUGACAGUGGAUUUUUUUUUACACCCUUUGGAGAAAGAGAAAAAAUGUCUAAAAAGAUGUUCAGUUCACUAUAAUGCACUAUAUUGUGAUGUACCGUUUAUUCUAAUAGAUUGAUUUCAAGUAUCACACUGGGAGGAAUGUAGUUAGAGACGAGAUUAGCCUUUUUUGCAUUUUAGAAACGAAGAGGUACUAGUAAUUUCAUUUUAAAUAAAAUAAGUUGGGAGGUAUAUUGGAAUGUUCGUUUAAGAAACAAUAUUGAUCAACAAUGCACCGAUAGAUAUCGACCUACAAACACCACGAAAUCGUCAUUAUCACCGACUUAUGAUCUUCUGAAGUAUCAUUGUUUUGAUAUUUUAGCAA